UAAAACAUCUAUUAUUGUCUAACAUCUAUUAUUGCCUACUGAUAAGCAAGAGUGGAAGGAUGAAUGAUAGUGAAGAAAAAAUGGUGGUGUGUGUCACUGGUGCUUCAGGUUACAUUGCUUCAUGGAUCGUAAAGUUUCUCCUUGAACGUGGUUAUACUGUUAGAGCCACCGUUCGUGAUCCAAGUAAUCCAAAAAAGGUUGAACACUUGCUUAAACUUGAUGGUGCAAAGGAAAGAUUGCAACUCUUUAAGGCAGAUCUAUUAGAAGAAGCUUCCUUUGAUUCUGCUAUUCAAGGUUGUCACGGUGUCUUUCACACUGCUUCGCCGGUUCAGUUUGUUGUCAAAGAUCCUCAGAAAGAAAUAAUUGAUCCAACAGUGAAGGGAACUAUGAAUGUUUUGAAGUCAUGUGCAAAAUCACCAUCUGUGAAACGGGUUGUUUUCACUUCUUCUAUUGCCACUGUUUUAUAUAACGGAAAGCCUCGAACCCCGGAAGUUGAAGUUGAUGAAACUUGGUUUUCAAAUCCAGAUUUCUUAUGGGGAAAAAAGAUGUGGUAUCAAUUUGCAAAGACUUUGGCAGAGGAAGCUGCAAACAAAUUUCUAACAGAAAACAAUAUUGACUGCAUUGUUAUGAAUCCAGCUAUGACGAUCGGGCCUCUCUUGCAACCGGAGCUUAACGAAAGUUCCACUUUAAUUCUUGACUUAAUAAAUGGUUCAGAAACAUUUAUGAAUGCUGCUUUUGCAUGGAUCAAUGUGAAGGACGUUGCAAACGCGCAUAUUCUGGCAUACGAGGAUCCUUCGGCUAGUGGAAGAUAUUGUUUGUCUGAAAGAGUGAUACAUUUCUCUGAACUUACGAAGAUUUUACGUGAUAUGUAUCCAACAUUGCGAAUUCCGAACAAGUGUGCAGAUGAUAAGCCUUUGAGGCAGACAUUUCAAGUUUCUAAAGAGAAGGCAAAGAAAUUGGGAGUUGAAUUUAUUCCCCUAGAAGUCAGUCUCAGAGAGUUAGUAGAAAGUUUAAAAGAGAGAAAGUUUGCUUGCUGAAUUCUAAUUAAUGAUAUUUCAUUUCGAAAUAAAUAUUGAUAAUCAUAAUCACGUUUUGUAUUCAGAAACUCUUCUGCAUAAGGAAGUUAUUUCUCAAUGUAAAAUAAGGUUUGGUACUGGAUCAAACCAAGCCAAAGUCUAUAUGAAUGUCAUUCAAUCUGAGUUGAUUUCUUGUUUAUCAAUUUUUCAAAUAUC